AUGGUCGACCAGCAGAAAAAGGAAAAUCAUCAGUCUCAGCAACCUUCGCCAUCUCAGAUGUUGCCUUCCAUCGCGGCUCUGACCAACGGGCUGCCUAGCUCCAACCAGUACUCUCCUCCAAACCGUCAGCCUUCUCAUCUUCCUUCGAGAGACUCGGGAACAUGGCCAUCCUUACAUCCUCAGAUGAAGCCAGUUGAGCCCCACAUGAACAGCCAAUCCCUACAAGUGGCCACCCUUCUGAACCCGGAUGACUCCCAAUCGAGGACCUCGAUACCAAACACGCCAACCUCAAACAGGCUCUCUCAGCACCAGCAGCAACCAAGCACGGUCUUGCCGUCGAUCAACCAGACCUUCGAUGUGGGGAACCGUGGCAGUGUGGACUACCAUCAAGCAUUUGACUCGCGCAGAAGUAGCGUUGACAGCCGUGUCCUUCACAAUGGUAUCUCUAACCUUGGUCUGAACAACCCUACGUCUCCCUACGAAAGCCAGAAUGGCUCACAGGUCUCUUUGGCCGCCAGUCUUCGCCGACCGCUCAACGGUCCAAUGUCACCUAUGAGCGGCCGCGGUAGCAUUCGCGGCGGUACAGGCCCAAGAGUCGCGCCUCCGAUUGCUGGUGGCUCCCGCGUUCCUGGUGCUCCUGACCCAUUGGCGUCUAAGCCGACACCUGGUCACGCCUGGGCUUUCCCUGACGACCCCAUCGCAGAAGAAUCAAGGCGCGAAUCAAGCAGUGACGACUCACAGCGCCACAGCAUCUCCAGAACCAACAGCUACGCCGCGUCUUCCAUCAGGAGCAGCAUAUUCUCUCAGGGCGACGGUCUUCCUUAUGGCCAGAGACGAUUCGAUGACGACGUACCAACACACCAUCACCACAGCCUGAGCCAACACAGGGUGUCUGCACUUCAAAACGAGGCCAACAUGUCAAGUGGUGGAAAUUACAGCCGCACACCAGAAUUGCGAGUCAGUCACAAACUUGCAGAGCGCAAACGCCGUAGUGAGAUGAAGGAUCUCUUCGAGGAUCUCAAUAAAGCCGUGCCAACAAACGGUGGUGCAAAGGCUAGCAAAUGGGAGAUUUUGACCAAGGCCAUCGAUUACAUCAAGACCGCUCAAGCUCAGGAGAGACAAAUGGUACAUGAGCUCCACCGUCUUCGUGACGCUUCUGACUACGCUCGCGACGCAGAAGCGGACAACAAAAAUCUUCGCACAGAGAUUGCAGUCAUGCAGGAACGUCUCAGGCUCAUGGACCCUGGCAAUCCCCACGUCUACGGCGCAUGCACUGCGCACAUGUCACAAAACAAUGCUCAAGCUCAGGCCAGUGGACAACCUCAAGCGUAUCCUCUGCCAUCCAUCAACGCUGGCCCUCCGCCCCCGCAAGCCUACACUGGAUCCGGUGGCGGCUCUGGAGGCUCACAGGGGAUGCAGGGUGUAGAGUACGGCAACGCUUCCAGACACCAUUAG